UGUCAGUUUUAUCUCCCGGCUCUGAAUACCGCACAGCCGGGGAGGCAUGAAGACCGAUAAGGAACGGUAAACGGGAUAAAUCGCUGGUGGAUAUACGGAAGAAGACGGAGGACGCGCUCUGCUAUGCUGGGCUCCAGUCAGAAUGAGUGAGUGUCAGAUCUACGUGAAGCUCAGUGAAGAGAAACUUAUACCGAAGUCUGACAUCUUGUCCCUGCUGAGGACCUACAACUGUUACCAUGAAGGGAAAAACUUUCAGCUGAGAACUCGUGAGGAGGAUGGAGCGCUCAUCCUCGAGGGGUUGCUGAACAUCUACUGGGGUCUACGCCGACCAAUCAGACUUCAGAUGCACGACGACAAUGAAAGAUUUCGUCUCAACAGGUGCGACAACCUGAUCCCGACUGACACAGAUGCCUUCAUAAACGACAGAUCUACUGUGGGAAAGCAGUUAUCCGCAGAGUCUAACAAUAAUUCACUGGGCAGAGAAACUGAACUAGCUGGUGGUGACGUGGAUGGUCAAGAGGAAGAGGAUUCUCCUCAGCUGCUGAGGACCAGGAGUGAUGCUUCCUUCAUGCAGGUUCAGAGGAGGUCAAAGACACACACUGCCAGAGACCUGCAGCGCUUGCGUACACACAGGUUCUCAAUCAACGGACACUUCUACAACCACAAGACAUCUGUAUUCACUCCAGCCUAUGGUUCGGUCACUAAUGUACGAGUAAACAGCUCCAUGACCACUGGACAAGUCCUCAACCUGCUGCUACACAAGUUCAGGGUGGAGAAUAAAUGUGAAGAGUUCGUCCUUUAUAUGGUGCACGAGUCUGGUGAGAGGACUCGACUGAGGGAUGGUGAAUACCCGCUGGUGGCUAGAGUGCUUUAUGGACCCUGUGAGAAAGUCUCCAAGAUCCUCAUCACGGAGGCCGACCUGGGAGAGGAAGUCACAUAUGAUGUUGCCCAAUACAUAAAGUUUGAGAUUCCUGUUUUAGACAGCUUUGUAGAGAAACUUAAAGAGGAAGAGGAACGUGAGAUAAACAAACUAACCAAAAAGUACAGUGCUCUGAAGUCUAUGAUUCAACAUCAGCUCGACAGCAAAGCUCACACCAGUGACAGAGAAUGAGUGUUUCUGAAUGCAUGUGUGCACCGAAGUAACCUGGGUGUGUGUGUAGGGGGGUGUAUGAGUGUGUGUGUGUGUGUGUGUGUGUGUGAGGGGAAGGGGUGGGUACAACACUAAAGAGUUGAUUUACGAUGGGAACAUUUCCAGAUGCUGUAGUGAAUGUAGAAGUAGAGCUAUAAGGGUAAAAGUAAAGGCUGCAAUAGGACCAUAUCAUACACCAAUGUGCUUCUACUUUUAGAAUUACAUAUCUCAACAGUUUGUAUGAUCUGUUUUGUUAUUUCUAUGGAGUGUAUCACUAUUUUGAUAUCUCUGCUAUUAAUAUAUUCACAUUUUGUAUUACAGUUUUUACUGCAAAUAUGGAUAUUUAUACAAGCUGUUUUUAGCAAUGUUUUCUCUGACCUUUUUUAUGUAAUAAAUCAGUUUUUGUGUGGCCUUUA